AUGUCAUACUAUAUUAUUGCAUAGUUCAUGUUCUCAUCAUACUUGUCAAUUUAAAAAAGUAUCAGUUAAAUUUUUUUUAACAAGUGAUUCAUUUUGAAGUUCGGAUGGAGGAAAGUUUCAGUCAGUGGCGCGAUUCGCCUUGUGUUAUUAAAGAGAAAGAAAAGUCUUUUGUUAUUUCGGACAGUGACGAAGACGAAAAUAAAAAUAUUGAAAAAGAACAAAUUUUUGUGAUUGAAAGUAGUGAUAGUAGCAUAAAUGUUUCUUCAAAUUUAACGCCGAGAAAAUCUUCGUCUGAAAAAUUAUCAUUAACAGAGAAAACAAUAAAGAAAAGAAUUAGGAAGCAUAUUUUUUACUCUGAUAAUGAAGAUGCUAAAGAUGAUAAUGAUGAAAAUGAUUCUUUAUCAACCAGUGAUACCGAAGAGGAUAAUACUGAUGAUAAUGUGUCAAAUGAUGAACAAAUGAUAAACAUCAGUGCUGAAAUAAAGGAUGAUAAAAAAUCACAAGAUGCUUUAGAGAAUAAGGAGAAUAUAGAUGUUUUUAAUAUAUCUAAAAACAUAUCAAACAAUAACAGUUUGACUAUGAAACAUGUUUCUAAAGAAAAAAUAAAAUAUAAAAAAUCAUAUUCUUUAACUGAUUCAGAUGAAGAAAAUAUUCCACAAUCUGAUAUUGCAAUUUCUUUAGCAAAACAAGAAAUAGGUGUCGGUAAUAUAGAUCCAUUAAUUGCUCAAAAAAGAGCUCUUCUUGUUUGUAAAAUGGAACAAUUACAAAAAGAGUUAAACAAAACAAAGCUAUUGCUUACUACUGGUAAUAUUAGUUUAUUACCAGAUAAUGGAGAAAAGUUACGUGAAAGUAUUGCAAUGCAAGAAAAACAAAUAGAAGAAAUUGCAAUUGAAUUAGAAAAUACACCUUUAACACAAACUACUAAAUCUAUUGAAGAAGAAUUUAUUACACAAGAAUAUCCUGACAAAUUCGAUUCUUCUUAUAAUUCCGAUUAUAUAUCAAUGAAAUUGAAAUCAUCUCCAAAAGUUAAAGAACUUGGGAAAAAAGCUCAAGCAACAUUGGACAGAGAAUUAACUUUAACAGUCGAUAGAUUGCAAGAUUUGCAUGGAUCUCUUGUAGCUAGACCGACGGAAGAAGAAAGAGCGAAUGAUCCUCAAGGUUUAAAAGUAAAAUUAAUGCCGCAUCAACAACACGCAUUAGCAUGGUUAAUGUGGAGAGAACAACAAAGACCUCCUGGUGGAGUUCUUGCUGAUGAUAUGGGUUUAGGUAAAACUUUAACAAUGAUAUCUUUAAUUAUAGCCAGUAUUGCAAAAGAAAAAUCAAAAGAAGAUGAAGUAUAUAAUAAUGAGGAAUGGAUAGAUAAUAACACACCAUUGCAAUAUAAAGGUGGUACACUCGUAGUUUGUCCAGCAUCUUUAUUAUCACAAUGGGAAAAUGAAAUAAACCACAGAUGUAAACGUGGUAUGCUUUCUGUUGAAGUUUAUCAUGGUACAAAUCGGGAAAAUGUACCAAAAAGAUUAGCAAAAAACGAUGUAGUUAUUACAACGUAUAACAUUUUAACCCGUGAAUUUAAGACCAAUUCCACGGUAUAUAAAAUUCAUUGGAAUCGCAUUAUUCUUGACGAAGCGCAUAUAAUUCGAAAUCAUAAAAGUCAAGCUUCUCAAUCGGUAUGUGGUUUAUUAGCAAGUAAACGAUGGGCUCUUACUGGAACACCUAUUCAAAAUAAGGAAAUGGAUUUAUAUUCUAUUUUAAAAUUUUUAAAAUGUUCUCCUUUUGAUGAUUUACGAGUAUGGAAACGUUGGGUAGAUAAUAAAAAUGCUGCUGGUCGUCAACGUUUAAUAACUGUAAUGAAAACAUUAAUGUUACGUAGAACAAAACAAGAACUUCAAGUUAAUGGCAUGUUAGAAAGUCUCCCGGAAAAAUUUGUAGAAGAAGUAUUUAUAAAACUCGAUCAGCAGGAACAAUUAGUAUACGAAAAAGUAUUGAUUUAUUCUCGUACAUUAUUUGCUCAAUUUUUGGCUCAAAGAGCUGAAAAAGAUCACAUGGUUGAUUUAGCUGUCGGAAAAUAUGAUAAACCAACGUUUCUUUCGAAUCCAAACAAAAAUACUCAAUUUACGAUGGCACAGAAUAAAUUAUUAUCGUUACAUGCGGACGUGAAAACGCAUGAAAUUUUAGUUCUUUUACUAAGAUUACGUCAAAUUUGUGUUCAUCCAUCACUUAUUUAUUCCAUGUUAGAUCAAGAAGAUAUGAAAGAGAGUGGAAUGAUAGAAACAGAAAAUUUAGAUCCAAAUUUAUUAUCACAGAUCAAUAAUAUGACAUUAAAAGAUUCGGAAAAUAAUGAAGAAGAGGACAAUAAAAUAGACAUAGGUGUUGAUCGCAGAGUAGCUACCAAUUUACUUACAUCUAAAAAUCCUGUAUUUAAAUCUGACCGUAUAAGUUCCAAGAUAAAGAUGGUCCUUGAAACGGUGAAGGAAAUUUUAGAAAAAAAUGAUAAAUUAAUCAUUGUUUCUCAAUGGACAAGUACGUUAAAUAUUAUCGCAUCUUGUUUAUCUUCGAUAAAAGAUGCCAGUUUUGAUAUGUUCACGGGAAAUGUACCUAUUAAGGAAAGACAGGGUAUAAUGGAUUCGUUCAACACUCCAAACAAUAAGCCAAAAAUAUUAUUGCUCUCACUUACUGCAGGAGGUGUUGGAUUAAAUUUAGUAGGUGGAAAUCACUUAUUGCUAAUAGAUAUUCAUUGGAAUCCACAAUUAGAAGUACAAGCUCAAGAUAGAAUAUAUCGUUUUGGACAAAAAAAAAAUGUGUUCAUAUACAAAUUUAUUUGCAAAGACACAAUAGAAGAACGUAUAAAACAUUUGCAAGAAAAGAAAAUGGAAAUAGCGCAAAAUGUUCUCAGUGGCGAUAAAAAUUCCACUGUUUCGAAACUCACGCUUGAUGAUCUUAAAUCACUAUUUGCUCUUUAAAGUUUAAAUUUUUAAAGAAAUUUUUUAUUUUUAUAAUAAUUUUGAAAUAUAAAUAGAAAAUUUACUUUUAAA